GCCUCCAACCCCUUCGCAAUGUCGCUACCUCUCCCUGAAGUCCAGUCGGCAGUGGACUGCGCUUCCUUCGACCAAACGGUUCUUCCGUUCCUCUCGCAACUGACAUCACUCCCGACAGCGUUGCAAGAAGCGGGCAGAGAUGUGGUCGCCUUGAAGGAGAUCUACCUCGCCACGAACCCCUUUAUCACGGCGCUGACUUUCUGUCUUGCGUCGUCUGCUCUGUUCCUUGUUUGGUCGGAGAUUAACCGGAACUACUCGCAAGUCGACCGGUGCUGGAGUCUCUUGCCAGCUGUCUAUAAUGUGCAUUAUGCGGUUUGGGCGCGUUUGGCGGGGGUGCGCACGCUGAGCUUGGAUACUAUUGCUGCUGUUUCGGUGAUCUGGAGUCUCCGCUUGACCUUCAACUACUGGCGCAAAGGCGGCUACAAAAUCGGCUCCCAAGACUACCGCUGGGAAAUCAUCCAGUCCAAAGUCAACAACCGCUUCCUCUUCUUCAUCUUCAACAUCGUCUUUAUCUCCCUCGCCCAAUCCCUGCUCCUCCUCUUCAUCACAACCCCGACCUACAACUUCAUCAUCCUGUCGCAACUGCCAGAUGCGCAGGUCUUCGAACUCCCCGACCUGAUCUUCUCCCGCGUCGCCUUCUCCCUCAUCAUCAUCGAGUACUUCGCCGACCAGCAGCAAUGGAACUUCCACCAGGCCAAGCACGAGUACCACAAGAACGCACGCAUCCCCGAGCCCUACAAGAGUCAAUUCACCCCCGAGGACCUGGAGCGCGGAUUCGUCGUCUCCGGUCUCUGGUCCCUGUCUCGUCACCCCAACUUUGCCGCUGAACAGGCUGUCUGGCUCACAAUGUAUCUGUGGAACGCCUAUCGCACCGAGAGCUAUCUCCAGUGGACUGGUCUUGGUGUCUUGGGCUACCUGCUGAUCUUCCAGGGUAGCACUCCUCUUACUGAGUCGAUUAGCGCGAGCAAGUAUCCCGAGUACAGUGAGUACCAGGCUCGUGUGGGACAGUUUAUUCCGCGGUUCUCGGUUGAGCCUAGGUACAAGGGUAGCAGUAAGAAGAAGGCCCGUAAGGCGAAGACUGAGCAGGCGGGUGAGGGUGCUGCUGUCGAGGAGAGGAAGAGUAAGUAAGGGUGUGAUUGUGGGGUUAUUAUUUGGUUGGUGAGUGU